UUUGACUCCCCUCCUCCACGCUCAGACGGUGAUCAGCUGACCUGUCAAAAUAUCACGCAGCGCGUGUGGGUUAUGUUUGUGUUUGUGUUCGUGUGUGGCUGAACUACACGUUGAAGACAUGGCAGCCAAAAUGGAGCUUGCACCCCUCAGACCGUGGGAUGAUUUCUUCCCCGGAGCGGACCGGUUUGCCAAACCUGAGUUCAGAGAUUUAACAAAGUGGAACAACAGAGUGAUCAGUAAUUUACUGUACUACCAGACGAAUUAUUUCGCCGUGGCUCUGGUGGUUUUCCUCAUUGUAGGGUUCCUGAACCCGUUUGGCAUGUUUCUGGGUGGAGCUGUGGUGACUCUGGUCUUCAUGGCUUCAGUGUGGGCAGGAGAGAACAAGGCCAUCGUCAAGAACUUCAAAAGGAAGAACCCCACUCUGUUUGUCUUCGGGGUCAUGGCCACCAGUUACUUUCUGCUGUCGCUGUGUGGUGGCGUCAUGGUUUUCAUCUUUGGAAUCACCUUCCCUUUGCUGUUAAUUCUGAUCCAUGCCUCCCUGAGACUGCGCAACAUGAAGAACAGACUGGAGAACAAGAUUGAGGGUGUUGGGCUGAAGAAGACCCCCAUGGGUAUCAUCAUGGACCUCCUGGAUCAGCAGGAGGAGAAAAUUAACAAGAUUCAGGAUUUCAUUGAAAGCAAACUGAAGGAAUAAGGCUCUAGACAAAAGUGCCAAGGGAAGUCAUACAGUGUGGAUUAAAAUUUCCAUAGCAUCGUCCCAUGUCCCAAGUUUUUAUCCCCUCUAUACACGUAAAGUUACUGAUGUUUGCAUUCCCAUUCUUUUUUCCAUUUUUGUUUGACUUUUAUCUCUUAUACUUUCGUGUUAGUUUACACUGUCUAAAGUGUACAGAUGGAUAAUAAUAUUAUAACAAGAUUUGCACAAUCACAGCAUGGAUUGGAUGUUGAAAGGCAAUGGGCACUAAAGGUUACCAAAGGUUUGAGCACUCCUGUGUCAAAAAUAUUUCCAAAAACAAAUCAUUUCCCUUGUCAACAAUGCACUUUGAUCCACAUGACAACCGAUUAUUUAUUUAAUCCAAAUAAAGCUGAAUGUCUGAACACACUAUGUAAUGCAGUCAUUAGAUACCAACUGUAUUUGUUCUAAAAACCAAAUCGGAUCCUUUCAGUUUGCUACCUCAAAACAAGCAUGUUUAAUUUUCUUCUCACUGAGCAAACCCACAUUACCAAGAUACAGAUCCAACACCCAGUGAACUGUUAACUACUUGUUAAACAGCAAUAACUCCCAUUUUGUCAAUUCAGGAGCUAUAGGACGACUGAUCUACGACCAGUUUGCUUCUUGUGGAGACAUGGUUAUAUGGCCUGACUGAUAAUUGUGGAGUUUAAAUAUUCCUUUUCUCAAAAGAUUUGUGCUUACAGUUCCUGACCAUACAGACUGGACUGAGUGUAUCCCUUUUGAUCACAGCUAUGCAAUAUUGAAAAAUGAAUGGCAAGUGCAGCUUUAUUGUUUGAAUAUUAUGUCAUGGUAUGUAUCAUGGUAUGUACAAGUUUGUUGUUAUUUCUAAUGUGUCUUUAUUUUCAUAAUACAGCAUGCAGAAAUGUAUAAAAUGGCUGCAGGAUACAAACUACAUCAUUUUGGCAAUGAGACAAAAUUGUUGAUUCAAUUAAUGAACUUUAAUUUAUCACUGUUCCCUCUUCAUUAGUAAAUACUGGACUAAACAUAUAGAGACAUCCCAUGCUGUAUUCCCAUUCUCUGUUGGAAUAGAAUCCCUUUUCCUUGUAAAAAAUAAAACCCAAACAAAUCUAAAUUAAAUCUGUCAUCUGUAAAGUUAAGUGUUAUACUGCUACUCCUGAUAGUAAGAGCAGUUGUUUCACACAUGCACAUUGACUGCAGUUUGUGCAUGCUACCUUCACAAAUGGCAGUUCAGAGAGAUUCUUUAUGUUAUAUGGAUGCUAUAUUAUAUAUUAUCUGUUUUUAUGUGACUUUUUCAUUCUUGAAAAGUGAUUAUAAAACUUGAAGUAAAACAUGGCUGUCCUCUAUAAAAAUAAAGAUAACCUGAUUUAUGUUCUA